AUGCCAUUUACGCUUGAUGCUUCUAAGGAGCUGCGGAUUCCUAAUGUGUUGUUCCGGGCGACGAGCGCUUGUGGGUUCGUGGCUUGUUUACAUUUUCGCCAGCUCCUCCAAAAGGGCAUUGCGCCGCUCAAAGACCAAGAAGUCCUCCAGUCUCUCUCCCUAACCUUCCCUCCAAUCUACACACUCGGCCCUCUCCACCUCUUGAAAGGCCAAGAAAUCGGCUUGGAGUAUCUUCAAUUGAACCUAUGGAGAGAAGAAACUGGUUGCCUCGAAUGGCUCGAUCAGAAAGUACCCGACCCAGUUGUCUACGUCAAUUUUGGAAGCACCACGGUCAUGACAUCUCAUCAAUUGGUCGAGUUCGCUUGGGGACUAGCGAGUAGUAACAAGAAUUUCUUUGUUAUUACGAGGACUGAGAUUGAGAGGCUUGUUGAGGAGUUGAUGGAUGGGGAGAAAGCGAAAGAGGUGAAGAAAAGAGCCUUGGACUGGAAGAAAUUGGCGGAGGAGGCAACUGAAGAUGAGAUUGGGCAGGCUUAUCUGAACUUGGAAGACAUGAUCAAUAAGAUUCUAUUGAGUUCUGAGGAGAAG